AUGCUGAACGCGAACAGCAAGAUAAAGGGCGAGAAGGACUACUCGAAGUUUGAGACGGCUCGACGCCUCAAGACUCGCAUUGACAAUAUUCGGGAGGUCUACCGUGGCGACUGGAAGAGCAAGGAGAUGAGGCUUCGACAGCGCGCGGUUGCAUUGUACUUUAUUGAUAAGCUGGCCCUUCGUGCGGGUAACGAAAAAGAUACCGAAGAAGCCGCAGACACUGUUGGUUGCUGCUCUCUUCGUUGCGAGCACAUCAACCUCCACGAGGAACUGGAUGGGCAAAAUUACGUGGUAGAAUUCGACUUCCUCGGAAAGGAUUCCAUUCGUUACUACAACAAAGUGCCCGUCGAAAAAACUGUCUUCAAGAAUCUCAAGCUGUUCAAGGAAGGCAAGGAGCCGGAUGACGACCUGUUUGAUCGGCUUGAUACCUCCACUCUUAACCAACAUCUUCAAUCGCUCAUGCCGAACUUGACGGUCAAGGUGUUCCCGAAAGACAACGUGCACCAGAAGAUCCUCUCCUACAAUCGCGCCAAUCGACAGGUCGCCAUCCUGUGUAACCAUCAGCGUGCGGUGCCAAGACUCACGACGCGAGCAUGGCGAAUUUGGAAAGAAGAUCAAAGACAAGAAGAAGGAGCUGUGAAGGAUGCGAAGGCCGAGUACGAGAAGGCAAAGUCCGGUGACAAGGAGAAGGCUAAGAAAAAGAUGGAUCGAUUGAAGGACCAGUACAAGAAGCUGAAGAUCAAUCGCACUGAUAAGGAUGAGAACAAGCAGAUUGCUUUGGGCACUUCAAAGCUGAACUAUCUCGAUCCGCGGAUCACGGUCGCCUGGUGCAAGAAGAACGAUGUGCCAAUUGAAAAGAUAUUUUCCAAGACUCAUCGCGACAAGUUCCGAUGGGCGCUCGAUAUGGCUGAUGAAGAAUUCGUGUUC